AUGUUGGCAGUGUUACUUCUGGCUGUUGUAGCAGUCCACUCUGCCCCUCGAUGUGAUAUCAACCUGGAUGCAGACUGUAAUGAAGUCUACAACAUCUCGCAAGCAAGUGGCGUCUACCCCAUCUACCCCUUUUUGACACCUGUUCAGGUGUACUGUGACAUGAACACGGAUGGAGGCAAGUGGACUGUGAUAAUCCAGAGGAGGAUAGAUGGAUCUCUGAACUUCUACAGACCCUGGAACCAGUACAAAGUUGGUUUUGGAAACCCAGAGGGAGAAUACUGGCUAGGACUGGAGAACAUCCACCUUCUCACUAAGAGGAGGAAGUAUGAGCUGAGGGUAGACAUGGAGGACUUUGAAGGAAACAGUGUGUUUGCCAUGUACUCUUCCUUCUUUUUGGACUCUGAGGCAGACGGAUACAAGCUACAUGUCACUGGAUUCACCAACAGAGGAGCAGGUGACUCACUGGCCUAUCAUAGCGGGUUGAUGUUCAGCACCUUCGACAAAGACCAGGACACUUGGUCUGACAACUGUGCAGCUACUUACUAUGGGACAUUUUGGUAUGGUUCUUGUCACUACGCUAACAUCAAUGGAGAGUACCUAUGGGGAACCACCAAACAUACAAGUGUCAAUUGGAAUCACUGGAAAGGUUAUCAUUAUUCUCUGAAAGCUGUCUCUAUGAAGAUUAGACCAGUGCCUUAG